AUGAACUCACUCUACACGCUGGCCCUACGCCAGUCCUCGUCCCUCUCAACCGACAUCGCCCAACUCUCCUCCCUCUACUCGUCCCCCUCCGCUCCUCCCGCAUCCGCCGCCUCCCUCAACGGCCAGAUCAACGCCUCGCUCGCGGCGCUCGAUCGAACAGUCGAUGACUAUGAAGCGAUGGCAAGGAGAGAGAUUGUAGAGGCCAAGAAGGAGAAGGCGUUGAGUCGGGUUGCGCGGUUUAGGGAGGAGUAUGCCGAGUUGAGGAAGGAGUAUGAGCGGGUCAAGCAGAGAGGGAACGAGUUGAAAGCAUCCACGGACCGAUCCGAACUCUUCGCCGCCUCCUCCUCAUCCGCCUCUCCCUCCCUCUCCCAACCCUACGCCACCUCCCGCCACACCUCCUCUACCUCCUACUCGCGCGCCGGGCCCUCCACCUCCCUCUCCGCCCCUCCUCCCUCAGACGUCUCAAUCCAAAUCGGCACGCCCUCGUCCUCCUCCUCCGGCUUCCAACCCAACUCGCCCUAUCCUAACUCUCCCUACGACGCACGGACGAACCAUGCGCUGAGGGAACACGAUUUCUUGGGACAGACGGGCGCGGCGUUGGACGGGUAUUUGGCGCAAGGGCAGGCUGUGUUGGGCAACUUGGCUAGUCAGAGGGACGUCUUGAAGGGCACCCAACGCCGCCUCCGCUCAGCAGCCAACACCCUCGGCCUCUCACGCUCGACAAUCACCUUCAUUGAGCGCCGGACAAAAGAGGAUUGGUAUGUUCUUGUGAUUGGAGGCGCGUUGACGCUGGUGGGGAUGUGGAUGAUCUUGAAGUACUUUGGGUGA